GGAGGGGAGUCCGUCUUGCAGUUCUGUAUUCCGUCACACUAUUAAAUCCACAGUUCUCGCACACACACCUGGGCACAGGUAAAGCACAGGCGUCGGGAUUAUACUUAACAACUUCGCCGUAUAUAUUUUUUUUUUUACAUUUUGCACUUUUGCAGUGUGUUAUUUCUGUGGAAUGAGUUUUAUCACUGGUUGGAGACGCAGCGUGAAGAAAAAUGAUAGCACAGGGAAUCCAGUGCAGACGCAAGAAACCGCACAUAGUCCUAACUCCCCAAAUCGGUUGUCGGUCAUAAACAGUGCAGCGCUUGAUCCCAUCCUCACAGAUUUCAAGUUACAGUUACCAGACGACAAAGAUGCUGUCAAAUCCACGGAGCGUUCGAACACCUCCCCCAGGUCGGACCUGUCCCUGGCCCUGGAGGACUGCAUGGUCGCUCUGGACCUGUUCCUCAGGAACCACUUUGAGGAAGCACAGGACAUGUUACGCUGCAGGAUCAAAGACAGUAUGUACCACGCGCUCACCUACGCUACGAUCCUGGAGAUGCAGGCCAUGAUGACCUUUGACCCGGAACAUAUCCUGGCAGCAGGAAACACCAUGAAGGAGGCCCAGGCUGUGUGUCAGAGAUUCCGCAAAAAGUCAACCUUCUCCAACCGCAACUUCACAGAAGAGGAGCUGCAUGCUGAGGUGUGCUACGCAGAGUGUCUCCUGCAGAGGGCAGCCCUCACCUUCCUUCAGGAUGAAAACAUGAUCAGCUUCAUCAAAGGAGGAAUUAAAGUCAGGAACAGCUACCAGACAUAUAAAGAACUUCACACAGUGCUCCAGUCCUCCAGUUAUGUCCAUGGUGAUAACCACGGACAUUUUGAGGGCGGGGUCAAGCUCGGUGUUGGAGCCUUUAACCUGAUGAUCUCCAUGCUGCCCACACGCACCCUCAGACUGCUGGAGUUUGUGGGUUUCUCUGGGAACAAGGAGUUUGGUCUGCAGCAGCUCCAGGAGGGUCUGACAGAGCACACCUUCAGGUCGUUCCUGUGUAACAUGCUGCUGCUCUGCUACCAUACCUUCAUGAGCUUCAUCCUGGGUACGGGGGAGGGGGACGUGGGCGAUGCAGAGAAGCUCCUGCAGCCGUACCUCAAACAGUACCCCACGGGAUCCAUCUUCUUGUUCUUCGCUGGUCGGAUAGAGGAGAUCAAAGGAAACCUGGAUGCUGCUAUAGCCCGCUUCGAGGAGUGCUGCGAGGCCCAGCAGGAGUGGAAACAGUUCCACCACAUGUGCUACUGGGAGCUGAUGUGGUGCUUCACCUACAAGAGGCACUGGAAGAUGGCCUACUUCUACGCUGACCUGCUCAGCAAGGAAAACACCUGGUCCAAGGCUACAUAUGCCUACAUGAAGGGUGCCUACCUCAGCAUGCUCAGCAAGGAGGAGUGCCAGCCGUUUGGGGAGAGUGAAGUCGCCCUCUUCAGGCAGGUCCAUGGGUUGAAGCAGAAGAUAGCGGGCAAGUCUUUACCCACGGAGAAGUUUGCGAUCAGAAAGGCUCGUCGCUACUUGUCAGAGAGCCCCAUCGCUGUCCCGGCCCCUCCCCUGGAGAUGAUGUACAUCUGGAAUGGAUACACGGUCAUCGGCAAGCACAAAGACCUGACGGAGGGCAUGCUGAAAACCCUGGACGAGGCGCAGAGCAAACUGGACUGUGGCCCAAAGACAGAGUUCUCCAUAGACGACCAGUGUCUCGUGAGCCUGCUGAAGGGCCUUUGUCUCAAGCACCUGGGACACCAGGACGAGGCUGAGCACUACUUUACCCUCGUGCUCUGCAACGAGUCCCAGAUCAAGUAUGACCACUACUUGGUUCCCAACGCACUGCUGGAACACGGCCUGCUGUGCCUGGAGCAAGGCAGGAAGGAGGAGGGCGUCAAACUACUGGAGACGGCCAAGCAGAAUUACAAGAACUACUCAAUGGAAUCACGAACUCACUUCCGCAUCCAGGCUGCUCUCCACAAAGCCAAGGCCUCUACUGAAAACGGCCUCCACCUGCCCUCCAGCCCUUAGCCAAUGGGAGGAGACCAGACCAAGGGCCAACUUCCUGCCAUCCCACAAUGCACUGCUUAGGCCAGCGCUGCUUGGGAUGGGCCAAUCAGAGCCAAAGUACCACUUCGCCCUCACAACGUUCAACCUUCAGCGGUCGCCUGACUGAACAGAAAACAAGCUCCUACCUAGACCAUCUUCUUCACCCCUGAUAAACAGGACUGAUACACUAUUGACAUGGUCUUGGUCGACAUGGUUGGCUACCAGUAUAUACCCAGGCUUCUCUUUAUGCAGAAUCUCUAAAGCAAAUAAUUGUAUUGUAUUUUUAAUGCCUGUCACUGGCCUUGGGUCAAAUACAUUCAUCAAAUACGUAACUUUUCUGAAGUCUGUACUGGGUGAACGAAAUCGAACACGGUACAGAUUCUUGGUAAUGGAAUGUCGUUUGACCCAGGCCUACCAGGCCGCAUCUGAUUGGUUUAUCACUCUCCAUGGGAUCUCUGAGCUCCCUCCCCGGUCUCUCUGAUUGGCUUGUUGCGCCAUGCGGCUCUACCAUUGGUAAAUGUGAUUCUGUUCUCUAUCUGUUAUUCUUUUUUCAUUAAUGUCUCUUCCUUCUCUCUGAACCUUCUGCAAUAGGUGCACAUGACACUAAUUAGAUUGUCUUAAACAGUUCAAAUGCCUCUGAAGAAAUUUGCAUUCCUAUUGCAACAUGUAGGUUGCAUUUGUUUUUGAGUGCGUGUGCCACUGUGUGUGUGUGUCUGCGUGCUUGUCUGCGCGUGUGUGAAGCAGGGGUUAUUUUAGCGUGUUUAUUUAUUAACUGCGAAAAGCGCCUUUUUACAAAAUUGUCCCGUUUUAAGUGGACAGAUGAACGUGUCUUUUAGAAAGGCAGAAUCCCUCUUCUUCUCCCACUGUGGACAGACUCCAACAGUACUUGAGCUUGAAACAAACAAGCAGGUCUUUGAUGAGGACGCAGGAAGUUUUGGCUGGCUGCCAGGACCAUCUUUAGAGAGUGAAGCUUCAACAACCCCUAGAGCUUCCCAAACUAUACACACUGCUACACCAGCCUCGGCAAUGCUGGGCUUGAACCACACUAGACACACCUGCGGUACAUCGUAGUCAUGAUCAUGAAUGACGCUAGUAUAGAUCGUUAUUCAAUCAUCUGUAUAUGACCAGUGCUGUUUGUAAUAAAAAGUAACAGGCCUUAUGUUGUUAAUCAAUUGUUAGUUGUUAGUUAAUAUAUGAAGUUGACAGCAGGUGUUUGUCUAUUCAAACAGUAGGAUGGUGUAUCAAACUUAAUGUUUGAAUUAGAGCUCUCGUGAUUUAUUCGAAGAUUAUAGAGGAAAGUGUAUUGGUUCAGGUUAGGAUACAACCAGUGACACAGAGUCUACAAGAUUAUUUUACAUGGUGGAGGAAUGUGUAAAAAAUGCUCCAUUUGGAAGAUGGUUUUGGGAUAAUAUAAUCACUGUUCUUAUUUUGUCUUGUUACUUUCCUGGGUUUACUGAUUUAAAGAUUCCAAACACAACUUUAUUAGCACUGUGAUAUUAAGGUCAGCAUUCUGUGGGGCAUGGCUACUUUUGAGCAGAUUGACAUUCCUGUACAUACUCUGAAUGUUGGUUUUGUAAUUUAAGAUUAAACGAUCAAAGAAGUAA